AGCAGCGGAUCGAGCGUCUUCAGUCUGUGAGUCAUGGCGAUGGCAGCGGCAGCGGCAGCGUCGUCCCAGCACUUGGGCCUCGCCUUGAUCACAUCUUUGGCUUGUCUUCGAGGCCGAGCUGGUGCCAUAACAUCCGCCGCUUCUAAGUCAUGUAGGCUGGAAUUGGAUAAGCUAGUACCUCAGUUGAAUGCACACGGAGCCCUCUCCGGUUUUCAAGGAUCAAGAGGCUACAUAUUACGCGAACCAAUUUGCAGGCCACGAAGUCUCAGUGCAUCUGCAACCACUCAAGAGAGUGUUAGGGGACCCUCGCAAGCUGGACCUCCGAGCACUGAUGGAGGUGUUAUUGACACCAGCCCGCCCCGUGGCACCCGAGAUUUCCCACCUGAAGACAUGCGCUUACGGACAUGGCUUUUCAAUAACUUUCGGGAGGUGUCGAGUUUAUUCGGUUUUGAAGAGAUUGACUUCCCGGUGCUGGAGUCUGAAGAGCUCUAUAUAAGAAAAGCCGGGGAGGAGAUUACACAGCAGCUCUACAACUUCGAGGAUAAGGGUGGUCGCAGGGUCACGCUGCGCCCUGAGCUUACACCAUCUUUGGCACGCCUUGUCCUACAGAAAGGGAAAUCUGCAUCGUUGCCACUCAAGUGGUUUGCUAUUGGGCAAUGUUGGCGAUACGAGAGGAUGACAAGAGGGCGAAGACGUGAGCAUUACCAGUGGAACAUGGACAUAAUUGGUAUUCCUGGCGUGGAGGCAGAGGCAGAACUUCUUUCCGCCAUUGUCGCGUUCUUCUCCAAGCUCGGGAUUACGUCCAGUGACGUUGGUAUUAAAAUUUCAAAUCGCAAGGUGCUACAAGAGGUCCUUGGGCGCAGUGUGAUCCCAGAAAGCUCUUUUGCGGCUGUAUGUGUUAUUGUCGACAAGAUUGAGAAGAUACCAAGAGCAGAGGUAGAGAAAGAGUUAACAGCGUUGGGUCUUCCCGUGGAAGCUGUGGAUACAAUUCUACGGGCUCUCACGUUACGUUCACUUGAUGAUCUUGAAGAACUUUUAGGGUCAGACAACGAAGCAGUCGUAGAAUUGAAGCAACUUUUUGAAUUGGCUCGAGGAUAUGGUUUUGAAGACUGGCUGCAGUUUGAUGCUUCUGUGGUCCGAGGUCUCGCAUAUUACACAGGAACAGUCUUUGAGGCCUUUGACAGGACAGGGACUCUACGUGCAAUUUGUGGAGGGGGCAGAUAUGACAAGCUUCUGUCUACAUUUGGGGGAGUAGACACUCCUGCCUGUGGAUUUGGCUUUGGGGACGCAGUUAUUGUCGAGCUUUUGAAGGAGAAGAAGUUGUUGCCAGAGUUGAAUCACGAAGUGGAUGACAUCGUGAUGCCUCUGGAGGAAGAGCUUCGUCCUCAAGCAGCAAUAGUUGCAGCUCGCCUUCGAACUCAAGGACGAAGAGUCGAUGUUGUAAUGGGAAAUAAAAAAAUGAAAUGGGCCUUCAAGCAUGCGGAGCGACUCCAGGCAAAGAGAAUGGUUAUCCUGGGAAGCACAGAAUGGACAAAAGGGUCUGUGCGGGUGAAGGAUUUAUCCUCCAGAGAGGAGAAGGACUUGCCUUUAGAGGAACUUUAGUAGUAUAGGUCAGUAGAUUAGACUUAUUCUUUUAACAUGGAUAUUCUAGAAAUGUUCUCUUAAAUUUACAUCGUUUUGUCAGAUAUAGGUGCGAGCUUUCUUGAUGUAAAACGUGGUAACCUUCCACUUUUUCAACGAUGAUUAGAUGAAAGAAUUUAUCUAUCAGGAGUGCUGUAAACCUGUGAU